GUCAGAUCGCAGAUUCUGCCCACUUUGUUGCGUAUUAUUAAUCGUAUUAAAACGAUGGAGAGAGGCAGCAUCUCCACCGGAACACAGACCACCUCCAUCCCUGUUGCGCACCAGAUCAGCAGUUCCACCACUGAUGGUCCCCAGUUUCAAGGUAAUAUGGACGGGCAGUGCGCCGGGUCCUCCAGUCUCUUACUGACUUACAAAAACGCGUCGCAGCAUCUGAUUUCAUCGGGAAUUAAAAUAGGAUUGAGGAUACUUAAAGUGGCCUCGUCUCAGUGGAAACAGGAAAAGAAGACGCGCUCAGAUGUAACCAUAAGGCAACUGUCCACAGCCAACAGCAGACAUACAUGCAAGAGAUCCUCACUUGAUCAUCUGGCAGCUCUGGUUCUCCACGGGCAAACCCGGCAGCGUCAUAUUGACCAAGAGCAAGCACCGACCAAGCCUCAGAACUGUAAGCGCAUCGUAGUUCUCGGUGCGCCACGGGUCGGCAAGACGUCCAUCAUGAGAAGAUACCUUAGGGACGGAUUUGUGGAGGAGUACAGUCCCACCUCUGAGGAUUUCCUAAGGAAACUGUUUCGUAUCCGCGGAGAGACAUACCAAAUUGACGUCCUGGACGCGUCCAGGGAAAGGGAUUUCCCAGCCAAGAGGCGGCUGUCUAUCCUCACUGGAGACAUUUUUCUCCUAGUAUUCAGUCUAGAUGACCGGAGCUCUUUCGACGAGGUGUGCGCCCUGCGAUCGGAGAUUCUUGCCGCAAAAUCCAAGCUCACCAAAUCCUCUGUGCCAGAGCAGUGCGCACAGCCGCAGGUUCCCCUGGUGGUCUGCGCCAACAAGAUGGAUAUCCUGAAGACUGAGAGAGGAAUAUCCAAGUCAGAGGUGCUCCAAGUCCUCGGUGACGACUGUGCCUAUUUUGAAACAUCUGCAAAGGAAAGCACGAAUUUAGAGAAAGUCUUUGAAACUUUGGCAACGCUUGGCGGGCUUCCGACUGAAACUGGCCCGUCUCAGCAUCGCAAGCUCUCCCUCCGUUCCUACCAGGCAAUGCGGACAGGCCGUGUGCCGGGGCGAUAUGAAGCCUGCGGUGCCCUGUACCCAAUGGCCCGUCGGCCGAGUUUUAGCACGGAUCUCCGACAAGUUAUUGGGUCACAUACUGCAAGAGAGCCGGGUAAAGUGCUGGGAAAAUGUUGGAUUCAAUGAGAGACAAUUAUAGUAUGAGACAAAGUGUUACAGAGCAGAUAACAUAAGGAAGAAAGCACUGAUGUCCAUGUUAAUGUACACAAUAUAAUGCCGUAUCAUUGUCUAAUUCAAUGCACUCGAGAUGAUCUUUUCAAAUAAAAAUAUUUUUAAUAUAAUGGCUUGCUUAUUUACACAAGAAGCUGUGUAUUGUAUAUCUAUCUAUCUAUCUAUCUAUCUAUCUAUCUAUCUAUCUAUCGAUCU